GAUGGGAGAACAUCAACCCUGUGAGGCAGAUUUUUGCUUCUCUUUUCUGCUUUCUUUUGCUGUCUCUAUGUCACUUUUCAUUUUCUUUGCUCUAUCCCCAGUUCACCUGUAACAACAUGUCUCUACUAUCACUGCCUGAGGACCCGGGCAACUUGUCCGAUUCUGGAGAGCAUAAUACCUUGCCUCAACCCAGAUUUCCCCACACUCGAGCCCAACUGUCGGCCUUGGCGCGCCAGUCUAAACCCAUAGAUGGCUUCGAGGGUGAUAUUGAUGGCGAAGAGAUUCGACGGGUCUCGUCGUCGCUGGUGAAUCAGGUCGUGGACCUGCUGGUAGAGGAACGCGAAGACGAGCUGAAGGCGCUCGUGAAGGAGUCCUUUGGCCUGGAUGAUGAGACCGCGGAGCAGGGUGUCUUAGAUCUCAUGCACAAGCACCGAGACGACGUUGCAGGUGUUCCAUUUCUCUUUCUGACGCCCAUCCGUCGUCCUAUUUCGAGACCGUCAUCAAGGGCGUCUACUGCGUCGGGCCGUCUGCAUCAAGCUCGUCCAGAAACACCGUUGUCGGCGCCUAGCUCACCACGAGCUCUUGUAUUUCGCCGACCUCACACACCACUUGCUUCGCCGCUCGCCGUCGGCCAGGCGUCGUCUUACAUGUCGGCGCGCGGCAGUGACUACUCGCCUUCGUCGUCGCCCGUUCUCUCACAUGCCCAGGUGACCCAUGCUCAUGCCCAAUUCACAGCCAGCUUACCAGCCUCGCCGUUGUCAUCACCGCGCCUGCUAAAUGCCAAGGCUUCCGAGUUCAAGCCCAUUCAACGACCGCUCUCUGCUGCAUCAUCUAACCCGGGCCCUUUACGUGCAGAUACCCCAUCACCAGAUCUCUGGUCGCACAGUCCGUUUAGAGCCACGUCUAAUCUAGCCAUCGCGGCUCCCCUUCUUCCUGAGCAACCUUUGCUUACACGGUCACUCACGCCCAGUUCCUCUCUUCGUUCUCCGCUCUUCCCUGAUGAACACGAUAGUGAUGAGGAGGAUCCUUUUGAUCCCUUUGCUCAGAAACCUGUGCCAUCUUUCAAUACGUUUCAUUCCGCGGAUUUCGAUGCUCAGUGGUCCGGGUCGUCUAAUUCCUCUAUGUCCCCCGAGGAUCCCAGAAUCGGGGAGAUGCACAAUCAAUUCCAACCUUCGUACGCCUCGUAUGAAUCAUUGCUCUCUGAAGACCCUCUAGAAGAGGAUCCAGAAGCAGAAGCAGAAGCUGCUGCAGUACUCACCGACGGGAUGACGCCAUUUGACGUUCUCAGUUCUGUGUUCGGUUCUACUCUUGCGCCUUCGGAGUUGGAGGAGGCCCUCGCUGCCAAUGCGUACGACUUUGAUCGUGCGAUGGCUUGGCUCGUUGACCGAGCUUUGCCGUCUGUGCCUCAAAACCCUCAGGUUCGUAUGCAGAAUAUGGGAGGCCGAGUAACUCUUGUCUCUAGAGAAGCUGUGCGUGGUCGAGGAGGCUUUCAAACCCAAAAUGCACGGCCGGCUCCUAGAUAUGUUAAUGGACGGCCCGUUCAAGGAGGGAAUAGAGUCUGCCGGUAUUUUGUCGCUGGCGAGUGUCUUCGGGCGGACUGCAGAUUCAGUCAUGAUUUAGAGCGUGCUCUGUGUCGUUUCUGGCUUCGGGGAACAUGCGCAAAGCAGGAUAGCUGCGAAUUUUUGCACCAUCUACCUAAGGACGUUGAUAUAACGAGCCUGAAUAUUGCCAUGUCUCGUGCUAAUGUAAUGCCAGGCACUGGUCCGCUUGCUGCUCAUACGGUUGGACUAGAGGAAUUCCCCGUCUUAGGUUAUGAAAAUGGCAAAGGUAGACGGGGAGGAUACGCAGACAGAGCUUACGAUCCCGGGCGAACAAGAUUUGCCGCGGCUGUCAAGAAACCAGCUCCAGCAGCUCAUGCCGAUAGUCCCGCACGUCGCGAAGCCAUGGGCAGUUCAGCCGACAACCUUCAUACUCGAUCGGCGAUUGUCGCACCCAAACCAUCGCCUCGACUUAAACUCCGUCCUCCGGCACUUCUGCCCACGCUCCCCACGGGGGAGUCGGUGAAUUCCUUGUACAUGGCAUACCGUGCUCGCGCUUUGCAACUUGGUGCAGCUCGAAAUGCGUGUUUGUCUCGUGCCGCAGACGCAUGGAGGCGAGGAGACGGCGCUGCAGCGAAGCGGUUCAGUAGGGAAGGACAUGAUUUGAACAGCAAGAUGAGUGCAGAAAUGGCGUCAGCUGCCGGACACCUCGUUCGUGAGCGCGCAACGCUGGCUGAGCAAGCUGUUAGAAACAGGGAUGCCAGCUGGUCAGACGACCCUGGUGAUCGAGCUGCUCGAGGGCGUGUCUGUGGUGGGGGUUAUGGUGUCAUCUUGGGAAUCGCGAGAACCGAUACUGGAGACGGUAAAUUGACUCCUGAGGAGAGGACAGAGAGUAUGCUUGAUUUACAUGGGUUGCACUCGAAUGAGGCGACUGAAGUUCUGGAAGAUUUCUUACUGGCAUUGGAGGCUGAGCACUUCUAUGGUUUAGCAUACAUUGUUGUCGGCGAAGAAAAGCACACUGGUUCGCAAGAUGUGGCUCGCGGGGCAUCCCGAGCGCGACUAGCAACCGGCGUACGCGAAUGGCUUCACCGAUGGGGAUACCCUUGGAGCGAAAGAGAAGGUAUAAUAUGUGUUGACGCACUGACGCAUGCGUCUGAAUAGAAGAAAAACAAUAAUGGGAUACCGUGUAUGUGUUUUGAGCAGGCUGAGCAACAAGUGGUGUACAAUAUGAUAGGAAAACUGGGACAAUUGAUUCUUGUAAGUAUAGUCAUUGAUUUGUAUAUACUGAUUUUUUGCAUGUUUGGAAUAUAUAUGUCUUCUUGUUGCUACAAACCAAUGGGGGC